CUGUAUUAUCAAGUUUUUUGAUGGAGCAAAAUAAAAUUGUAUUGACAUUAGUUUUAAAAAUAACUAAUAAUAAACAAAAAUUGCAUAGCCUAUAAUAAUAUAUAAAUAGUUCAACACGAGUCAAAAUAUUUAAAACAUUUUAUGGUAUAUAGAAAAUGUGGUUAUUAACAAUCAGUGAAAAUUUAUCUAUGAGUUUUUUGUUCAUUCCAGCUCAGAAUCAAUAUAUGAUCUAAAAGUAAAAACCAAAUAAAAAUAAGUAAUAAUAAAUUAUUAAUUUGAAUUAUUUAAGUAGAAAACAAAUUUCUGCCUUACUCUUAUUAAUACAGACUAAAAAAAUAUAAAUAUUAUGAUCAAUUUAAAAACAUCCGCUUCCUAGUUAUUACUCAUACCGGCUAAACUUAUUUUAUCUAAAUUUAUAAUAAUUAUUAUAGUACUUGCCUAUAGGUUCUGUUUUCUUAUAGGGUCAAAUCGAAUGUAGUAGGUAUCCACACAAUAAACAUACAUUAACUAUCAAUCUUUUUUCACAUAACUUUAAAAGGAUUAUGUCUGUGAAAGAGAUGGAUGCUGUACAAGAGCAAUCCCUGAAAUCCAAUAGAUGUAAAUCAACAGAUUUUAAAAAUAGUUUUUACAAGGAUGGAGUAUUUGAAGUCCUUCAAUCAUUACGCAAGAAUGAGAAUUUUUGUGAUAAUAAAUUAGAAACAGAUGAUGGUAAAAUAGUAUUUGGACAUAAACUUAUUUUUAUAUCUGCAAGUCCAUAUUUCCAUGCAAUGUUCACAAGUUUUGAAGAAACCAUUAAAGACAAUGUUAAUAUGAGAGAGUUAGAUUACAAAGUUUUACAACUACUAGUAGAUUAUAUGUAUACUGGCGAAAUCACUGUCACCGAAGAAAAUGUACAGGUCGUGUUGCCAGCUGCUGAUCUCUUGCAGUUAGACUAUGUAAAGCAGGCAUGUGUUUUAUUUUUACAAAAACAAUUGGAUCCUUCAAAUUGCCUUGGUAUUAAAGUUUAUGCUGACAUAUAUAACUGUAAAGAAUUAUUGUCGAGCUCUGAAGAAUUUAUUAAAAAACAAUUUAUAGAAGUAGUGAAAUAUGACGAGUUUCUAUCUUUAUCUUUAGAAGAGGUGAUCAAAUUAGUAUCAUGUGAUGACACUUGUAUUCCGUUUGAAGAAAAAGCAUUUGAAUGUGUUAUUGAUUGGGUAAAACAUGAAUUGAACUGCAGAAAAGAUUUUUUGGCUGAUCUAAUGGAACAUGUAAGAUUGCCAUUAAUCUCAAAAGAGUAUUUAUUAGAAAAAGUUAUUGAUGAACCUCUUCUUAAAAGUUGUCCAAAAUGUAAGGAUUAUGUAUUUGAAGCAUUACAUUUGAAUCUAAUUAAGUCAAUACAUCCUUCCUCUGUUCCACAAACAAAGCGGAAUAAACAUAGACUCAGUUGCUCACAAAAAGUUGUUCUAGUGUUAAGUUUAUCUCGUUUACCCAACACGUUAAUUUCAAACAGGUAUGACCCAGCAACUAACGUAAUGCAUAUUGCACCGGAAUUGAGUAAAGUCUAUGGAACAGGUAGUCCGGGCGUUCUAAAUGAUAAAUUUGUGUUUGCUAUGGGUGGAGUUCAUUAUUCACAAUUUAAUUCUGUUGAAAUGCUGGAUGUAUCUUCACAAGCACAAUGUUGGGUACCAGAGAAUAAAUUGUUAGUUGAUCGAAAGAGUUUUGGAGUUGGUGUGUUACAUAAUUGUAUUUAUGCUGUAGGAGGUGAUGAUGGUUCAUCAUAUUUGGAUUCUGUUGAAUGUUAUGAUCCCAGUAUUAACAAAUGGAACCCAGUUGCAAAAAUGUCAUGUUGUCGCUUUAAUGUUAGUGUAGGAGUAUUGGAUGGUAAAAUGUAUGCGAUUGGUGGAAUUUAUGAGUCAUAUGUUCAAAAAACUGUGGAAGUCUAUAAUCCUAGUACUGGAGUUUGGGAGUCGAUUCCUGAUAUGUAUUUGGCCCGACAGAAUGCUGGAGUAUUCACAUUGAAUGGUUUUUUGUAUGUGAUGGGUGGAAGUCUUAUUAAUAUUAAUUCUAUUGAAAUGUACAGUCCCAAAACCAAUUCCUGGUCAAUGAAAACGAUAUCAAGUCUUGAAGGACCAAUUUUAAGUGCAGUGGUUGUUCAUAAGCCAUUAUAUAUAAGACCUAAUUAGCAUUCAAAAGUCAUAAUCUCAUUAUAAGUUGUCUUAAAACUGAUGAAUUAUGUAUAAUUGAUCAAAUAUCUCAUUAACUUGAUGAUAUCUAUUUUUAUGUACUCUCAUUUAUUAUAUUGACUUAAAUUAAAAAGUUUAAUUAUUUGUACGUAAAGUUCUACUGUUAUUGAAGUCAUUCCCUUAAUUAUACCAAUAUUAUAAGAAUAAUAUCAAUGUACAU